AAGCUCCUCCUGCAUCAAUUACAUCCAGUUCAUAGUUCGCAUUCCUUGAGGCUAGUGUAAGGACUUCUGCAGGAGGCUUCUCUCCCUUUAUGUGGCCCCAGAUGACGUCGCUGAGUUGAAUUCAAACUGGUCCAUCACCUUGCAGGAAAACACCGGAAGCAAGCGACACACUUAAAAGUUCGCUUCUUCUUUUUUUUUAAAUAACUACAGCAGCAAUGCACUUCCAAAACAAGCCAUUCCUGCUCCUGAAUCACUUUGCCUCUGUGCAGCGCAAGGGGACACUCUGGAGGAAACUGUGGACCGAAGUUUCUGCAGCACAACAACAACAACAACGUGGCUUUAGAGCAGCAGGCUCACGUGCAUCUGCAAACAACACGCAGUAUUUCUCCCUGAAGUGCUGCAGAAACUAUGCAUCCGACACGACGUACAGCCGAGCCUUCGUCUCAGCGAGGGACAACCCUGAGACCUUCUGGGCUGAGGUGGGACAGGAUAUUGACUGGUUUGAGCCGUGGAGCAAAACUUUGCACGUUGAGGAUCCAGCGGUUCCAGACUGGUUUGUCGGAGGGAAGUUGAACAUGUGCUACAAUGCUGUGGAUCGUCAUGUAGAGAGCGGCCGCGGAGAGCAGCCAGCCAUCAUUUAUGACAGCCCAGUGACUGGAACUAAACGGAUCGUCACUUUCAGGGAACUUCAGGACCAGGUGUCCAGGUUAGCAGGAGUGCUGGUGAAGAACGGUGUAGGGAAAGGAGAUCUGGUCGUCAUCUACAUGCCCAUGGUCCCGCAGGCCAUGUUCACCAUGUUGGCCUGUGCACGGAUCGGUGCCCCGCACAGCCUCAUCUUUGGCGGCUUCGCUUCCAAAGAGCUUUCUGUCCGCAUCGAUCACGCCAAGCCCAAGAUGAUUGUUACGGCUUCAUUUGGCAUCGAGCCGGGCAGAAGAGUCGAGUACAUCCCUCUGGUGGAGAAGGCCCUGGAGCUGAGCUCUCACAGGCCCUCUAAAGUCCUCAUCUACAACAGGCCUAACAUGGAAACAGUAUCAACGAUCCCGGAGUUGAGUCUGGACUGGGAGGAGGAGAUGGCCACAGCUCGGCCGCAUGACUGCGUUCCUGUUCCCUCCAACCACCCUCUCUACGUCCUCUACACGUCCGGGACCACUGGAACACCAAAGGGUGUUGUGCGGGACACCGCAGGCUACGCUGCGAUGCUGAAAUGGACCAUGUCGAAUAUUUAUGGACUCAGUCCUGGAGAUGUUUGGUGGGCGGCGUCAGACCUGGGCUGGGUGGUUGGUCAUUCCUACAUCUGCUAUGGGCCUCUGCUCCAUGGUAACAGCACCAUUCUCUAUGAGGGUAAGCCUGUGGGGACUCCGGACCCCGGGGCGUUCUUCCGCGUCCUUUCUGAACACGGAGCGUCGUCCAUGUUCACGGCGCCCACCGCCAUCCGAGCCAUUCGCCAGCAGGACCCCGACGUUGCACUUGGGAAGAAAUACCCCCUGUCCAGGUUGCGGUCAUUAUUUCUGGCUGGAGAGCGUUGUGAUGUGGAGACGCUCGAAUGGGCAAAGAAGAGCUUUGGGGUUCCUGUCCUGGAUCACUGGUGGCAGACCGAAACGGGCUCAGCCAUCACCUCCUCAUGUAUUGGUCUGGGGAACUCACUCACGCCACCUGCAGGUCAGGCUGGCAAACCUGUUCCAGGUUACAAUGUCACAGUGAUCGAUGAUGACAUGCAGGCUGUGAAGCCGAGAACCCUGGGAAAUAUUGUGGUGAGACUACCUUUGCCCCCUGGUGCAGCGCUGUCACUGUGGCAGAACCACGAUCUGUUCAAGGAGACCUACUUCACUAAGUUCCCAGGUUACUAUGACACCAUGGAUGCAGGGUUUGUGGAUGAGGAAGGCUUCCUCUACAUCAUGUCCCGGUCUGAUGAUGUCAUCAACGUGGCAGGCCACAGGCUGUCAGCUGGAGCAUUGGAGGAGUCAGUGCUGCGGCACCCUGCAGUGGGAGACUGUGCUGUGGUGGGUCUCGAGGACUCUCUGAAGGGUGUCGUUCCCUUGGCCCUGUGUGUACUCAAGAAUGGCGUGCAGAAAAACGAAGAGGAGAUCAUAGGCGAGAUGGUGAAGCUGGUGAGGGACACCGUCGGACCCGUGGCCGCCUUUAAGAAGGUGCUUUUUGUUCGAGGAUUGCCGAAGACGCGUUCUGGAAAGAUCCCUCGCUCCGCUUUAGCCAACCUGGUCAACGGCAAGCCUUACAAGAUCACUCCAACAAUCGAGGACCCAGAAGUGUUCAAAGACAUCGAGAGGCAGGUGGAAAAAGCUCUGAGGCUUAGAAGUUAGAGACAUUUCUGCAACACAAAUGUGAACAGUUAUUUUUUUAAAUGGAGCAGAAUGUAAGUUUAACCUUAUGAGAUGUGCCAAAUCCAUGAAGUAGGGUUAACAUCUCCAUUUGUACUCAUGUGGGCUUCCAUAAUUAACGAGCGCUUUGUGUUUUGAACCCUACAAUGAAGACGACUCGUUCACUG